AUGGAACAGAGAAAGAUCGUCCUUCUUGGGAAAACAGGAGAUGGCAAAAGCAGCACUGGGAAUACAAUUCUUGGAAAAAAUGUGUUCACCAGUAAAGCUUCAGCUAAUGCUGUAACAGAUAAAUGUGUAAGUGCAGACGGGACGCUCGAGGGAAAAAAGAUCACAGUGAUCGACACACCUGGAGCCUUUGACACAAAUCAUGAUGAAGAUGAGAACAAAUCUGAGAUCCUCAAAGCUCUGAUUGAAUGCGCUCCAGGCAUCGAUGCUUUUGUUGUGGUCCUAAAGGUCGGAAGAUACACGAAACAUGAAAAUGAGGUGGUACAGAAAAUCCUGAAUACCUUCAAAGAUGAACACGUCUUGAAACACACAGUGAUCUUAUUCACUUUUGGUGAGCAGCUAGAAGGCCAAACCAUUGAAGAGUUUGUGAAGACCAAUUCACAGCUUCAGGAGCUGGUUGAUAAAUGUGGAGGUCGCUGUCACGUCAUCGACAACAAAUACUGGAAUAAACAUAUUUGUGGGAACAAGAGCAACAAGUUUCAGGUGAAAAAUCUGCUGAAGACCAUCGACAAGAUGGUGAAAGAAAACGUCUGCUACAGCAAUGAGCUUCUUCAGAUGUUGGAGAAAGAGAUUCAAGAGGAAAUGAAAAAGAAUAAGAACGUGCCUCCAGAAGAGCAACGAGAAAGAGCAAAGAAAAUUGUUCAUGAUAAAUUUCUUAAGCAGCUUGUAGGAGCAUCAACAGGGGCACUGAUUGGUGCUCUUCUGGGCGCAGGUGUUGCAUUAGCUUCAGUUAUGGCUGUAUUACAAGCAAUUCACCCUUUGAAAGCACUAGCAGUUGGAGUUUCGGGUGCAGGAGCAGCGGCAGGUGGAGCAGCAACAGCUGCCAAGGCUGCAGUCGCAGGAGGAGCAGCGGAAGCAGGAGCAGUGGCUGGAGGUGCCGGAGCAGCAGCAGGUACAGGGGUUAGUGCAGGCACGACCUCUGCAGGUGUUCUUGGAGUCGCAGCUGUUAUAGGAGCUGUUGGAGGAGGAAUCACUGGAUGGAAAGCAGCAGAAGAAGCUGAUUCAGUGUGUGACGCCAUGAACAAGGGAGCAACAGCUAGCUAUGAGAAUGCAACAGCUCUGAGUGAUUACUGCAAAGUCGGUGCUCAAAACAUCCAUUAUUACAUUUGA